AUGUUAAACGAAGAAGAGUACGAUUACAACGAAAACUACAAUGAACACGAAUACCUGGACGAAUUUCUGGAUGAAGUGUCCGUGUACAAAGGAUUGUCCAAAAUAGGAGUCUACAAAGGCGGUCGCAACGAAAACGAAGAACGUCAUGGAUAUGGCCAGGCGAUAUUGCCCAAUGGUGACAAGUACUCCGGUUACUAUGAUAACGGGCUUCGGCACGGUCACGGGGUGUAUAAGUUUGCAAACGGUGGCAAAUACGACGGGCACUACAAGAAAGGCAAGAGGUAUGGCGAGGGCACGAUGAUUUAUCCGGACGGUACCAAGUACGAAGGUAGUUGGAGGAACAACGAAAUGUGGGGACAAGGAACGUACACGUACAAGAACGGUGACGUGUACUCUGGCACUUGGAAAGCCGACAUAAAACACGGUCUGGGGGCUUACAAGUUUUGCAAAACUGGAGUCAUUGUAACGAGCGUAUGGCAGGAAGGUCAAAGAGUGAAGGGAUUCAAAGUUUUCUAUCCGAGCCAGACUGGAGGGUCUGGUUACACGUUUUGCAGCACGUGGGAUGAAAACCAAUCGUACAUGGGCGAAGGAUUUUUCGUGUUCAGCGACUUGAACUGCAUGCUGAGAGGCAGAUUUUCGAAGGUGAAAAAUCCGUACUUCGUCAACAUGGGCAAAAAAGCAGAGAGACAGAUUGAUCUUUGGCGGGUCGAUGAAAUCCUACCAGAAAUCAAAGAGAUGUUGCCGCGUAUACCCAAAGACCGACCGUUCCUGUACCAGAAGACAGACUCUUCCCUAGUGUGCGACUUACCUAGCGAAGUUCGUCCGACCAUGAGUGACGCCGAAGUUUACAAGAGGUCGGACAACUUGUGGGACGAAAUGGUCGGUGAAGAGGGCGAAGAAGGACACUUAGGGUACACGUGGAAACCGGACGAAUGCGACUUGAUUGCCGCCGACCCGUCGAUGGAUCUGAACAGUUUGAAAUCGGUCCCAGACAACGUUUCCAGCACUAGCCUCGUCGAAACACCUUUCAUUUGA